UCAACCUUGGCUUGUCCAGAAGAAAAAGCGACCCUAUUUAUUAUUUAUUCCUAUAGCAAUUCAUCUUCUUUGUAUGAAAUGUGAGUUGGUGAUUUAGUCAGAAUGGCAGGAAAUCAAGGUGAUCUUUAUAGAUGGAAGCGAUUGACGUCAAAGAAUAAGCCUACGGCGACGGUUACCAAGAAGUCCUCAAAACCUACUGAUAAUAUUCAAGAUUGGAUCAAGAAAGUGGAAGAAGCAUCCAAUCAAGCGGCAGCUGUGACCUUUGGCCUUCCAAGCAGAGGUCAAAGGUCAAAUGGAUACAGUACGGUGGAGGCCACUCUUGAUGCAGUACAUGAUCAUGAUGAGGCGUAUAGUGAAGCACAAGAUCUUCUCUCUCAGUGGAUGGCUGACAAAUGCAACCUGGAUGAUCAUGUGACCAUGGAUGACGAGUAUGACAUUGAGGGCGCUGGUGAUAGGUCACCGGGGGUCAAAUCUACUCUGCGUAGUGAAUGGGACGACAUGCUAGAGAGACACAAUCCGAUGCUUGUCAGCAAGACCAAAUACACCACAUCUGAUGAACUUUAUGCUGACAUUGAAAACAGGGAUGACUACAGUCAAGUGCAGAGCAUACUGGGUUCCUUGAUGGAUAAAGAGUUGAUAGAACCAAAGCAGAAGAAGAGACUACAAGCAGCGAAUGAAGACAAGAAGAAGUCAGAUCCAAGAACAACAAUGGCUGCAAGACAACAGAAGGUCAGAGAGAAUCGGCUGAAGAAGGAGCAGGAAAAGAAGCAGCAGCUAGAAACCAGACAGGCCAAGAAGUCCGCACAGCACCAGGCGAGACAGAUGGUGCAACAAGAAGAGAAAGAGAAGACGAUGAAGAUACAGAGAGAAGAACAGAUGAUAAGAGAAGAGAUGACGAGGAUCAGAAAGGAAAUGCAGGAGCAGAAGAGAUCGGAAGAGGAGUCAAGAGCAAGGGAGAGAGCGAUCUUAGCGGAAGCUCGUAGAGAGGAAGAUGAGAGAAUGAGAAAGGAGGAGCUGGUGAUGAGGAAGAUAGAGAAUUCUCGACGGCAGCAGGAAGAUGGAGACAGGAGAGCUAGGGAGGAGAGAAUGAUAGGAGAUGCUCAGGAGGCUCAUAGACUUAAGACCCUCCAGAGUCACUUCCAUGCAUGGUAUCGUCUGGUCCAGGACCAACGGCUUCAUAUGGGCAAAGCGAGGGCGCUGUCUGAAUGGCGGAGUAUUCUCAAAUCCUGGAACGCUUGGAGAGCUUUCGUCCGAGCCUGUCGAGCUGAAAGAGAAGCUAAGCAGACGGAGAUGGACAUCAAACUCUCUCACAGGAGGAAAAAUGCAGCAGAGAAACAUUAUCGUCAUCGCCUUCUUCAUAAAACCUUUGUAGCGUGGCAGGUUUACCGUCACAAAGAGAGCUUAGAGAAAGAACUCAACGAGCAACAGUCUCACAGGAGAUCCAAGAUGGCUGCCUUCCUCGAUGCCGCAGCGUCAGGCAAGCUCUGGACUGAUCGUAGUCAGGAACAGGAACCGACUCCCCGUUCUGAUAGGCCAGUCUCUGCGGGCAGGGUUAUGGGGGCAAACUUUGGUGGUGAAGAUAGCUCUGAUCCCAUCUCCAGCAGAAGUGACCCUUCAUCCAGACUCAGUACUACACACAUUAAACAGGAGAAAGGGGUCAGGCACCAGUCUUCAAAGAAACCCAAACAUGCAUGGCAGGUUACCAGAAAACAUGUCAAUCUCACUGCAGAAGAAAUGGCUUCGAUUGGAGACAAUGUGGACAUUCCAUCAGCUGGACAACCUCCCUCUGAUGGGCAACAAUCGAAACAGGGCAAGAGGCCUAUUCAAUACACAGUGAAUAACUUUGAACACAGAUACUCUGCACAGCAGAAGCUCCUCGCUGAACAACAGGAGCAGCUGAGGGAGCAAAGACGAUUGAUAGAUGAGCUUCAGGUAGGCCAGAAGCAACAGGCAAUGAAGAAGCAGUUGGACCAGAUUAGAGAUGGGGAGUAUACACAGGACAUGGAAGAGCAUCCUGAAGGGCAUCCAUUGGAUAACAUGUUUAAUAAAGGAGGUCAGAGGUCAGAGAGAUCUGAAGUGUCUGCUGGGGACUCAACUACUAGAACCACCUGGAGUGAAGAUUCAGCUUCCUCUAAUAAGACAAGGUCAACCUCAAGGUCACAACCUCCUAUACGCAAAGGAAUGGAGGACAGAGCAGCUCAGAGAGCUAGGUUGAAAUCAGAAAGGGAAGAAAGACAGAAACAGAAGGAACAACAAAAACUGAAAGAGAUGCAGGAAGAGGAACAAAGGAAGGUUGCAGCUGAGGAGGCAGAGAAGAAAGCAGCUAUUGAGAAGAGGAGAGAGGAGAAAAGACUCACUAAACAGAGGGAACAGGAGAAGUUGGAGCGCAUAGAGAAAUCACGCAGACAGAUGGCACAAGCAGAUGCUCACUAUCAGACUUCGCUGCUCCGUCAUUAUGGUUUCAAACCAUGGUGUAAACUGGUUAACGUGGCAAAGCAAAAUAUGCAGGUUGCGAUAGACAGCCAUAGCAACAACCUGCUCCACGGAGUACUGUUGUCAUGGCAUCACACGACCCAGGAAGUGAUUCAACGUAAGAAUGCCCUUGCCGACGCAAGGUUCAGAGAGAUUCUUCUCAGGAGAAGCCUCAACUCUUGGAAGAAGUUUGGCCAUUACCAAUCCAUUCAGCUGCAGAAAGCAAGAAAGCAUUAUCUCCGCAAACUGAAAUGUAAAGCUUUGUUGACGUGGAGAGACUGGGUCACGGAUGAGAGGAUAAAGGCGUGGCAAUCAGAGGAGAGAGCGGAGGAACAUGAUACCAGACGGAUAAUGAAGACUGCAUUCCUAGCCUGGAGACGGUAUCCAAGGAUGCUGAAGGAGGAGAGAGCAAAGGAGAUCCGUCGCCAGGAGAUGAGGAGGAAAGUUGCAUCUAUCAUUCCAGACUUUGGAUUUACAUGAAGAUGAUCACAGUACUCUAGUCAAAUUAUGAUGAUAAGAAUGAUAUUCCGCUUUUAUAUAGCGCUUAAUACAUCUAUGA